AUGACUUCUGAGACUUUUCUCGCCAGGCUCUGCGAGCAGGCUGAGCGCUAUGACGAAAUGGUCACAUACAUGAAGGAGGUUGCCAACCUGAGCGGUGAACUCACUGUCGACGAGCGCAAUCUCCUCUCCGUCGCCUACAAGAACGUGGUUGGCACCCGCCGUGCCUCGUGGCGCAUUAUUUCGUCCAUCGAGCAGAAGGAGGAAUCCAAGGGCUCCGAGCAGCACGUCACCAUCAUCCGCGACUACCGCCAAAAGAUUGAGACCGAGCUGGAGAAGGUCUGCCAGGAUGUCCUCGAUGUCCUCGACGAGUCUCUCAUCCCCAAGGCCGAGUCUGGCGAGUCCAAGGUCUUUUACCACAAGAUGAAGGGUGACUACCACCGUUAUCUCGCUGAAUUUGCUUCUGGCAACAAGCGCAAGGUUGCAGCUACUGCCGCUCACGAAGCUUACAAGAACGCCACCGAUGUUGCACAGACCGAGCUCACGCCUACCCACCCCAUCCGCCUUGGCCUUGCGCUGAACUUCUCCGUCUUCUACUAUGAGAUCUUGAACUCACCAGACCGUGCCUGCCACCUCGCCAAACAGGCAUUCGAUGACGCCAUUGCCGAGCUCGACUCGCUUUCGGAGGAGUCCUACCGCGACAGCACCCUCAUCAUGCAGCUGCUGCGUGACAACCUUACUCUCUGGACCUCCUCCGACGGUGGUGAGCCCGAGAACGCCGAGGCCAAGGAGGACAAGCCAACUGAGGGUGAGCCUGCCGCUGAGCCCAAGGAGGAAGAAGCCCCCGCUGAGGCUCCCGCACCCGCCUCCGAGUCAUAA